AUGACAUUGCGAGGCCUCGCAUCACUCUUCAUACUGGCUCAGUUCGCGCCUUUGACGAAACAGAACCCAGCUGCAAAUGCUUCGCCAUCAGACACCCAGAAAAUUGUCCGCCGAACGUCUACACACAUCCGCAAUCUCGAGAACCUUAUCGAGCCAGACUCGACGGUUGCGCAGGUGACGGAGAUAGAGCACGAACUGAAGAAGGUGCAGAAUGCAUCAGGACAAGACGGGGGCUAUAUCGUGGAGCAGCUGGAUCAAGAAGAGAAUCUGGAGGAGGAGGAAGACCAGGGAGACGUAGAGAACAAGGAGCCAGACGAGUAUGACAUGUCUGGCGCAUUACCAGUCGAAGAUGUCGAUGAGUACAACUCGGAAGAAUAA